GCAGCAUGCCAGCAGCGGUCGUUAAAGUGCAGCCCCAUCUGAAUCGGUCUUCUUGUGUGUGUAAUGAAACUUGAAACCGCGUGAUGCAGGAAGAAGAAGACGGCUUUCUGUUUCUCAUUCAAUUCAACCUUUAAUUCACAAUUGAACCCACUCCUCCUCUUCUUCUCCUUCAAUCCCAUUUCUCCAUUCAUCUCUCUCUCUCUGCGUUUGUUUUUUUUUUGUCGGCGGCCUAAUGUCGACCAAGCUCUGUCUCAUUCCUUGUUUGGUCUUCCUGUCGGCGUUUUCCAUAGCUCUGGCCGGGAAAUAUGAGCAGAACAUCUCCAGCCUUUCUGGGUUUGACUUCCCGGAUCCGAUGAGUUUCAACUCUGUCUCUUCUUCUUCCGCCGCAGCCAAUGACUGCAGCUUCUCCUCCACUGAGCGGGCCCCAGAGUUCACCGGUAAAACGCCGGUGAAGCUUCACCUUAAGCGCCGGCGGAUUAACCCAGAAACCGACCGGAAAAAGUCCGUCUUCGAUCUCAACGUCAGAGAUCUCACCAGAAUCCAGUCUCUUCACAAACGUCUCAUGGAGAAGAAGAACCAGAACUCUGCCUCAAGGCUCUUGCAACAGAGAGGGAGUGAUAAACAAUACAAGGUGGAGAAGAAGAAGAGGAAUAUUACCUCCGGUAUAUCUCCGGAGGAGCUCUCCGGUCAGCUCGUGGCGACGCUGGAGUCCGGCAUGACUCAGGGUUCUGGUGAAUACUUCAUGGACGUUUUGGUGGGCACGCCACCGAAGCACUUCUCUUUGAUCCUCGACACAGGAAGUGACCUCAACUGGAUCCAGUGCCUCCCCUGCCACGACUGUUUCGAGCAAAACGGCGAUUUCUAUGACCCGAAAGCUUCUUCUUCCUUUGCGAACAUAACGUGUCGCGAUCCCAGAUGCAGCCUUGUCUCGUCGCCUGAUCCUCCGCGGCCGUGCAAAUCGGAUAACCAAUCAUGCCCUUACUUCUAUUGGUAUGGAGACAGCUCUAACACGACCGGGGACUUUGCGGUGGAGACUUUCACGGUUAAUCUCACCACAGGGAGCGGGAAUUCAGAGUACAAGAAGGUGGAAAAUGUGAUGUUUGGGUGUGGACAUUGGAACCGAGGUCUCUUCCAUGGUGCCUCGGGCCUGCUUGGGUUAGGAAGAGGGCCUCUUUCGUUCUCCACCCAGCUUCAGUCUCUGUACGGCCAUUCCUUUUCCUAUUGCCUUGUCGAUAGAAAUAGUGAUGUUAAUGUCAGUAGCAAGUUGAUAUUAGGGGAAGACAAGGAUAUGCUGAGCCAUCCAAAUCUGAAUUUCACUGCUUUUGUGGCCGGGAAGGAGAAUCCUGUAGACACAUUUUACUAUGUACAGAUAAAAUCCAUUCUUGUUGGUGGUGAGGUUCUGAAUAUACCUGAAGGGACAUGGAAUAUCUUGUCUGAUGGUACCGGAGGGACAAUCGUUGAUUCGGGUACAACCCUGAGCUAUUUUGCCGAACCUGCAUAUACCAUUAUCAAGAACAAGUUCUCAGAGAAGCUGAAAGGAAAGUACCAGGUGUUUAGAGAUUUCCCCAUUCUAGAUCCUUGCUUCAACGUGUCCGGGGUGGGGAAGGUCCAGCUUCCGGAACUCGGGAUCACCUUCGCAGAUGGUGCUGUCUGGAAUUUCCCGGUCGAGAACACAUUCAUCUGGUUGGACGAGAGUUUGGUCUGCCUAGCAGUUCUCGGAACUCCAAGAUCAGCUUUUUCGAUCAUAGGCAACUACCAGCAGCAAAAUUUCCAUAUACUAUACGACACAAAGAGGUCAAGACUAGGGUUUGCACCCAUGAACUGUGCUGAUAUUUAACCUCUUGCUGAUCAAGCUCAUGAGGUAUUAGACCAACUGUACACAAGUAACACAGGGAAAACAAUUCUUUUCCCCUCAUUUUUCAGUUCUUUUGUAGAUUCAUUCAAACAAAACAUGUAACACAGUAGAAACAAUAUUCCAAGCAAAAGAUUAUACCAGCUAUUUUAUUA